AUGGCUAUUGCUGGCGAUUUCGGAAAGGUGUUCACCAUCGGUGGUGUGUUCCGAGCUGAAGAUUCUAACACUCAUCGACACAUGACAGAGUUUGUGGGACUUGAUCUGGAGAUGGCCUUCAACUUCCAUUAUCAUGAGGUUUGUUGCUUGUUCGACUUUUGUGGUUGGAAUAAUCGUGAGAUCGAGAACCGUUCUCUUCAUCCUGAAACAUAUUCAAUAGAGCUACAAAGAGACUAUGCAGCUGAAAUUGAAGCGGUGGGGCGACAAUAUCCUGCGGAACCUUUCGAAUUUUGUGAGCCGGCACUCAUUCUGAAAUAUCCAGAUGCAGUGAAAAUGUUGCGUGAGGAUGGUGUUGAAAUGGGCGAUGAGGAUGAUCUUAGCACCCCUGUGGAGAAGCAACUAGGACGUCUCGUCAAGGAGAAGUACAAAACAGAUUUCUUCAUUCUGGAUAAGUUCCCCCUAGCUGUACGUCCGUUCUAUACUAUGCCAGAUCCUCAUGACGCUAGGUAUUCCAACAGCUACGACAUGUUCAUGAGAGGUGAAGAGAUUCUCUCUGGAGCCCAACGAAUACACGAUGCAGACUUCCUCGUUGAACGAGCUAAGCAUCACAAUAUUGAACUAGAGAAGAUCCAGGCCUAUAUUGAUUCAUUCAAAUACGGAUGUCCACCACACGCUGGCGGUGGAAUUGGUCUCGAGCGAGUGACGAUGCUAUUUCUGGGCUUGCACAACAUCCGUCUCGCUUCGAUGUUCCCUCGUGAUCCUAAAAGGAUUACACCUUGA